AUGACUGAUUUGGGCUGUAAGAAACACAGUGAUUGCACCAUCUCCAGGCUGCUCAAUGUGGUGGAAAAUGAACUUCUGGCUGGCAGAGACAAAGGAGACCCUACUGAGAAACAACUCCAGGUUAUCUUGGAAGACUCUGCCCUGUGGCAGAGGUUCAGAGAAGUUACAAAUGAGAUGAUUGUCACCAAGAAUGGCAGGCGGAUGUUUCCAGUUUUAAAGAUCAGUGUUUCAGGAUUGGAUCCAAAUGCUAUGUAUUCUUUUCUGCUGGAUUUUGCUCCAACUGAUAGCCAUCGCUGGAAGUAUGUGAAUGGAGAAUGGGUUCCUGCUGGAAAGCCAGAGCCAUCGAACCACAGCUGUGUCUAUAUCCAUCCAGACUCACCCAACUUUGGAGCACACUGGAUGAAGGCAACAGUAUCUUUUAGCAAAGUGAAACUUACCAAUAAACUAAAUGGAAAUGGGCAGAUUAUGUUGAAUUCCCUACAUAAAUAUGAGCCUCAAGUUCAUAUUGUUCGAGUAGGAGGCCCACAUAGGAUGGUAAUGAAUUGUUCUUUCCCUGAAACUCAGUUCAUUGCUGUGACUGCCUACCAGAACGAAGAGAUUACAGCUCUCAAAAUCAAAUACAACCCUUUUGCCAAGGCAUUUCUGGAUGCAAAAGAAAGAAACCAGUCCAAGGAUGCUCCAGAUAUUGUCUCUGAAAGUCAACACAUGACAUAUUCUCACUUGGGUGGUUGGUUGAUUUCCAAUCCUGAUGCUGUCUGUGCAGCAGGAACUUCCAAUUAUCCAUACACGGGGAGUUUUUCUCUGCCUGCUCCACAUUCUCAUCAUGGCUGUGAACAUUAUUCAGCUCUACGAGGUCACAGAGCCGUUCCAUAUCCUGCUUCGUACAUGCAAAAAAAUAAUUAUCCAGUGAAUCUGACAGAAAAUGCCAACAGUGAUUUCCAAGUGUCCCCAAGCCAUGAAGGUUGGCCUACAGGACCCUCCAGUCACCACAGCAACCUGCUCCCAGUGCCACACAAUAGUGGUACUACCGCUCCGGGGCCCAGUCACUAUCCUUGCCUCUGGACUGUCAGUAACAAUGCUGUCAACGUUUCUAAUCUGGCAAGUGAUGUAAGCAGCAGUUCCCCAUUUCUGCGAAGCAGCAUUGCGUUGCCUGCCACAUCCUCAUCUGGUUUAUCAGGCACAGUUGCCAGCAACAUGGACACACAAUUGGAACCUGCUUUCUCCAGAUUAACUGAUUCAACCUGGACACCUGCCACCUCUCGUUCUUUCUAGUGGGCUAUGGGAAGGAGCACAUGAUCACCCGACAACAGAACUGGAGGCUGCCAUAGCAUAGGAAAAAGCCACAUCUAAUAAGAAAUUCUGGUUUUGCACUAUCUGUUCUUUUUGUUAAUGAAGUAAUUAAUCAAUUAUUAUAACAUUAUUCCUCAAGAAUGCAUAGUAAUAGAUAAAGCAAGCAUGACUUGGUGAAGUCUUCAAGUUCAUUUCACCCCUUAUAAUACCGUAUAGAAAAAAUAUAUUCUUUGUGGCACAACAUGUUGCUUUGAGAUUAAGAGUGGCAAAAGAUCAUUUAUGUUCCAGAUGAAAUUGGAAAACCAGCAGAGACUGAUAGCCCUAUUUGUUAUAGCAGAUAUACUAAAAGUAACCAAAGAAAAGCAAGUACAGCCAUCUUUCUGAUUCUAACCCAGCCACUUCUGUCUUGACGUAUCUUUUUUUUCUAGGGGUGAAUGAAAUUCCAUAAGGCAAGAAUUUAAUCCCCAAAUGCUUGCUUGCCCCUGCACACAUUCAAUUUGUCAUGUCAAUGAAAAGAGGGAAAGACACAGGGAUGCUAUUGAUGUCAACUUAUUGCAGGAUGCAACAAUUUUGUUGAAUUGGGUUAUUGUUCAGGACAGAGAAGAUAUUAUAUCUCAGUAAUUUUCUUAAAUCUUCAUGAGGAAAUUAUCUUUAUUCAGAACGUUCAUGGUAAAUUAUAAGAGUGCCCAAAGUAGUAACAAUAUUUUUCUUUGAACUAAUUCAUUGGUGAAAAGCUAUCCAAUCCAGCAUCAUCUUUUUUUGCCCUUCCAUUGUAGACUGUCAGUCCUUUAGUAGUGCUGAUAACUCUAAACUCUAUUGGCAUUCAAUAAAUGUGUAGGAAUAAUCAUUAAAAAAGGAAUAUUGUAUUUUUGUUGCAUUUUCACUGACAUCCAAUAAGACUUCAUUUGAUCUAUUUGCUGGCUAGGAAUUCUUGUUGUUUCACAUUCUUGGUAAAUAUUUUAUGCUGUAGUUUUUCUGUGCCAUUUUGGCUUACUUGAACAUUAUAUAGACAAUUGUGUAUGUGACCCCAGAAUGCCAAUUGACAUUUCUGUGAGUCUAUCAUUUCUCAGAAAAAUAAACAGAAAAAGUCAGCAACCACA